UAUCAGACUCAGAGCUUCCACUCAGCCUUUGUGAGUCUGUAUCUCUAAACCGUUGACCUUACAAAUGAGCACGCUGCAUCAUUGUGAGAAUUGGUGUUUCUGGGCGGUGCAAAGUGGAGUAGAGCACAUCAGAGUGCAGGAUAUCUGAGCACAGCAGAGCACAGAGAGGCAGGCACAUCCGCCGCUGAAGGGAUCAAAUCUGUACCAUCUGACGCUCAAGGAUUUAUGGGUUUAGUCAAAAUUGCUUUUCCCACUGUGGAGAUUAAGCACCGUAGGAUGUUUUCCACUCAGGCCAUAGAAUAGCCCAGUGUAGCUGCUGCCGGUGCUGUUUUUCCUCCCUCUUAUCGGCUCCGGCACUGGAGAAAGGAAUGUCUCAGGAAAGCAGAGUGCUACAAACCCUGGAGGGGAGCAGAUUCUGAGUGACAGGAGAGGUCCGUCCUCUGGGGAAUGUGAACCAUGCAGGUGGAUGCUGUUCUUGUGCUCUUCUGUGUUUGGCUAGCGGGUACAGCUGGGAAGAUGGCCCAGUCGAGGGGUCACAAGCUGGAGACCUACAAACAGAGCAGGUUGCGAAGAGAGACCAGAAUGGAGGGGGGUGGAGGUCACAAAUCCGGAGGCCCAAUUUACAAACGAAGUCCAGACAUGACGAAAUCUCCGAUGACAAAAUCUGAGCAGCUCCUGAGAAUAGACGACCACGAUUUCACCAUGAGGCCAGCGUUUGGAGGUCCUCCGAUUCCUGUUGGAGUAGAUGUUCAGGUUGAAAGUCUGGACACCAUCUCCGAGGUGGAUAUGGACUUUACCAUGACACUGUACCUGCGUCACUACUGGAAGGACGAGCGGCUGUCGUUCCCGAGCACCAACAACCAGAGCAUGACCUUUGACAGUCGCCUGGUGAAGAAGAUCUGGGUCCCUGACAUGUUCUUUGUUCACUCCAAGCGCUCUUUUAUCCACGACACCACGACUGAUAAUGUCAUGUUGAGGGUUUACCCCGACGGCAACGUCCUUUACAGUCUCAGAGUCACUGUCACUGCCAUGUGUAAUAUGGACCUCAGCCGCUUCCCUCUGGACACCCAAACCUGCUCACUGGAGAUUGAAAGUUAUGCGUACACAGACGACGACCUGAUGUUAUACUGGAAGAAAGGCAACGAAUCCCUGAACACUGACGACAGAAUUUCUCUGUCGCAGUUCCUCAUCCAGAAAUUUCACACAACCACCAAGCUGGCUUUCUACAGCAGCACAGGCUGGUACAAUCGUUUGUACAUCCACUUCACCCUGCGGCGCCACAUUUUCUUCUUCCUGCUGCAGACCUAUUUCCCCGCUACUCUGAUGGUCAUGUUGUCAUGGGUGUCCUUCUGGAUCGACCGUAGGGCCGUCCCCGCCAGGGUGCCACUAGGCAUCACCACAGUGUUGACCAUGUCUACCAUCAUCACCGGGGUCAACGCCUCCAUGCCGCGGGUCUCCUACAUCAAGGCAGUGGACAUUUACCUCUGGGUCAGUUUUGUUUUUGUCUUCCUGUCGGUGAUAGAGUACGCGGCGGUCAACUACCUCUCCACCGUACAGGAGAGGAAAGAAAGGAAACUGAGGGAGAGACUGCCGUGUACAUGUGGCAUUGGCAAUCCUGAUGAGAUGAUGAUUGACCCCCAGAUCACUGGCUAUGGGUCUAUGGAUAUCAACACCACAGGGAAUUAUGGAAUGCCAGAGAAUGGCGGCCGCCAGGAGCGAAUGUUGGCCCAGGUGGCACUGAAUGACCCACAGAUCGCAGGCCAGGUGAAGCCAUCCAGAGGCUACGUGAACAUUUGGAUAGACACCCACGCCAUAGACAAGUACUCGCGGGUCGUGUUUCCCGGAGCGUACAUCCUCUUUAACAUCAUCUACUGGUCCAUCUACUCGUAACCCGGGAUGCAGAAGUAGAUCCUCUGUAAGAGUCCAAGAUGAGACUCCAGGAGCUUGGUUCAUUUGUGACAGAGCAGGAAAAUAACAUUGCAUUUGAUGCUUCUCAGACAGAGAAACUGCUCAUAAGAUGCAUGGGGACCAUUGACAGAUUGGUGACCAUUGCCUUCUUGACCCAGCCACUUAAAACUGCAGAGUUUAAUGACAAACGGACAGUCUUCGUCGCUGGUUUUGUCACUCCAUCAAGUCUAUGUGGUUUGUUGUAACUGUAGUGCUGUUGACGAAGACGUUUGGAUGUUGUUGUCACCCGAGGACUUAUUGCUCAGAGAAAUGCACAAACAUGGACCUGUGCAAUUGUGCAGUUUAACUCAGCUACAUUUCAUUUCUCGAUGCAGUGACUCUUUGACCACAUUUUCAAAACUGAAAAUGUGAACUAAAAACGGAUUUCUGACA